UACAACACACACACACACACACACACACACACACACACACACACAAAGAAGAAGCGGCGCCAUGGCAAUAUCGCUAUAGUAACCAGACUCGACCAAUCACCUGCCGCGGUCGAGUGACGCCAUUAACGAUUGGCUCACGAUUGGCUCCAGCGAUUGGAGAUAGGUUCAUAAACAAUGGCCGAAUCCCAAAUGCCUCUAUUUUUCCUAUACAAGUGCACUACAUAGGCUAUAAAAACAAUAACAUAAGCAUCCUGUCUAGUGCACUACAUAUCUAAAGAGGACGUGUUUGGGUUUGAGUUCAAAAGCUUAUUUCUUCAUACAAAUUUUACUGAAAGUUUAUUCGCUCUAGGAGCUCCAUAGGGAACAGUAGAGUUUAUUAACCCUGAUAUAAAACUAGUUAAAAAAUAAUGUUUUAUUAUCCUAAUGUACUUAAUUACAAAACUGGAUGCUUUGCUACAAUAUGGCUGGCAGCCACAAAGGCCAGAAAGAUGAACCGUCGGGAUCUGCUGAAGGUUAACAUCCAGAGCACAUGCACUGACAUAAUGAACUACGUGUUGGUGCGAGUGCCUCCUCUGACUGCGGGUCUGCCUCGGCCUCGCUUCUCCCUCUACCUGUCAUCCCAGCUGCAGUACGGAAUCGUGCUCGUCUUCCACCGCCAGUGCCAGCUGCUGCUAGAGGAGAUCCAGGGGGCCAUUGACAAACUGCAUCGUUACCAUAUACAAGUGCAGAUUGACAUGCUGCCUGAGGAGAUCAGACAAACUCAAACACUUCCUGAUGCUCUCACUCUUCUGACCGAGUCCGAGGGGGCCAGAGAUCCGUUUUUCGGAUCAAUGGAGUUUGGUUUGCCCAGUCCAAGUAGCCUCAUGCAGCUGGCUCAGGAAAUGGGCGUGGUUUUGCCACAGAGACUACAUUCUCCACCUGUGGAAGGCAUCACAGCGAGUCAGGAGUCGAUCACGAUGACCGAGCGGGAACCUGUUAUCAUGCAACAGCCUGAGUUUGAAGGGGCGGAGCUGCAGGAGAUCGACAUGAUUGAAAUGUUGCUGGAGCAAUCAGAUCAGUUCCCUGAAGGUAAGAGUGAGGAGGAGCGUGAGGCAGAGCAGGCGAGGCAGCGGGAGAGAAGAGAAAGAGAAAGAGAAGAGGUUGUAGAGAGAGAGACAGAGCGAGCAGCAGCAGAAGUAGAGAGGACCAGGGAUCUGACCGGGUCUACCCUCCUCACGGAGCUGGCCCAAAGCACUGAAGUACCAAGCAGAGACAUUGUGUCUAUGGACGAGGAGGUGGAACUGCCCACUAUGAUGGCCGAGCCAGCCGAGAGAGAGAGGACUCCGGAGCCCAUAUCUAUUCCACCAUCCCCGCCUAGCCCGGAGAGGGAACGUCGGAGAGAGAGUCCUCGCCUGGAGGAGUUUGUCCCAAUCCCAGAGGCCCCUGUGGAGGAACGAAGGAGGAGGAAGAGGCAGCUGGUUUUUAUAGAUGAAGAGAUCCAGAUAUCCCAGGAAGCUCUGCAAGCCCAGAUUAAUGACCCAAGCAUUGAAACCAGACCUUUAGAGGAUGUUCUGAUCAGACCGCCUUCUCAAGUGAGCGAGCCGAAAGUACUUCUCAGUAACCCCUGCAUGAAACUUCCUGCUGAGAUUCUGGAGCUGUGGAAGCAGGGAGCAGUCAUCCCUCACAUCCCUCGACCCCGACGCCGCCGGGAGGCUGAAGAGGAGGAUCUGGAGGCUGUACGAGAGAGGGAGAGGGGAAGAGAGGAACAGGAAGAGGGAGAGUUCAGAGAGAUGCCCACAGAGAUCGUGGAGUCCGGCAUCUCACGAUAUGACACUCCAGUUUCCUCUCUGGUCAUGGAGGUGACAGACAGAGAAAUCUCACCCUUGGAGACUCCCGAGACUCGACGGUCUCCUGGUCCUGUGUCUGUGUGUGGUCUGGAGGACAUUCCAGAGGAGCGAGUCCCGGAACUGGAGGAUGGCAUGAUGGAUGUCGAUCCUCUCAGGCGAAUGGCUACUAUUGGUGAGGAUGAAGCAACAUUUCACUCCCUUCUGCCCUCUAGAGUCACUCGCAAAACCAUCGCUCAGGCUUUCUGGAGGCUGCUGGAGCGGAUAGACAUGAAAGAGGUCACGGUGCGACAGGACGAGCCCUACGGUGACAUCAUCAUCUCUAUCACCCUGCAGCCGCAUCAGAUAGAGACACAGCUGGAAUGAUGUUUUUUUUUACUUUUUCAUUCCUUGUUGUUAAACGUGGCUCGUUAAAGUUCAGGAAGAAUUGUGUUAACAUUUUAACCACUAUAUCGUUAAAGGGAAGAUUUUAUAUAAUGAAAUAUUGUUAACCCUGAAUGGAUUGAAAUCGAGUUCUCCUUAAUAACUGAGUUUUAUAACUUUUUUAUUCAAUGUUAUUUGCUAGACUUACGAGCAAUGAAAUGUUUAUCAGUGUUUAUAGGAUUUAUUCUAAAAUUUCUAUAACAUUCUUUCUUCUUUUUUAACAUUUCAUGAGGUUGUUUCAGAGUUUAUUUUAAUAUGAACUCGGUAUCGCUGUGCGUAUAAAAUAAAAUAACAACAAGGGGUUUUUAUAUUACGGUUUAUAUAAUAAAUUAUUUAAAAACAA